AUGCCAGAAGGAUACAUCUUCGUUCCCAAAGGCGAUCCAUACAUAACGCGCAACUGCAAAUCUCGAACCAAAGAAGCCGGUAAUACCAUCUACAUUGUUUACGACAACAAACUCAACCACCAACUCGGGAUCCGCAUCCCAUCCGCAAUACACACCUCCGUCCUCCACUCCGCGACCCAAACAGCCGCCCACCGCGCCCUAGCAACACACAACCGCGACAUACGCACCAACCUCAAAGCCCGAUCACUCCUCCAACUCACCUUCCCUUCCAUCCCACCCACCUGUCUCUCCAAGAUCUUACAGCAUGCAUUCCUAAAGGGGUCUGGACGAGUAGGUCGAAUAUCUACCCGACCAGAUGAGAAAAAGGCUACCUUGGCGGUGGAGGCGCAUGUUAGGCAUGAGCAUACGGAGUAUGAGAAGCUUAUGAGUGAAGGGGGGAUGAAUAGGGAGGAGGCGAGGGAGGUGGUGUGGAAGGAGGUGAAGACGAUUAGGGAUGGAUGGGCUAAGGGAAAGGUUAAGGAGGCGGAGGUGGAGGCGAUUGAUUUGACUUGA